AUGGCGACUCUGCGUGCGGGGUGGGCGUCCUUGGAAGGGCGUGAGCUGGCGCCGUUUUUGGCACUAUUAUCUUUGCCUCGAAUUGGCCUGCCGACGGCUCUCGCGGCUGGGGCGGGCCUGCGACGCUGGCGGGUUGGGGUGGCUUUGCCGUUUGGCGCCGGUAAAUUGGAGCGGGGGUGUCCACAUAAAAUGCUGGAGAAUGAGUCGGUCUACCCGCCGAGAUGUCCAUCAGCUUCCGCGGUGUUGGUGAGAGGCUUGGGGGAAGUGGGGGAAGUGGGGGGGGGGUCGCGUGGUGGUGCGUGGGAAGUUGCCCCACACACGGUUUGGCAGGCGGUAGUGCGAGUCGUCCGUUUGGUCCGACAGGCCUUUUGGACACAUGGGGCGAGAUACUUUUGCCUUUUCGUUGAGAGCGCGAUACGCAUGCACGUGGUGUGU